AUGUCGCAACAAGACCAACUCAAACAAUUCGCCGCACAAUUCGUCUCCGUGUUUUAUAACUCUUUCGACACAAAUAAGGCGAACUUGGCGAACUUUUUCCAACCAAUGUCGACUCUGACAUUCGAGACUAACACUAUCCAGGGCGCACAAAACAUCCUUCAACAUAUCCAAAACCUCCCUUUCAAACAAACACAACACCAGAUUGCUGUCUUGGACGUUCAACAAGUCCCGGGUUCCGUCCCAAUGUUGUUCAUUAAGGUUAUUGGCCGUUUGACCAUCGACGGAGAGAACCCCCUUCUCUUCACAGAGUCCUUCAUCUUGACUCAAGCCAACAACAAUUGGUUUGUCUUGAACGACAUCAUGAGACUCGCAAACAUCUAA